GAUGCCAGUUUCACAGCACUAUGGAUAUGGGGUUGGGGCCUCAGAUUUGUCAAAUGGGUUUAUGAGAUCAAGGAGUAGAAGGAAUAUGAGGGCACCAAGAAUGCGUUGGACAACCACUCUUCAUGCCCGUUUUGUCCGUGCUGUAGAACUCCUUGGUGGCCAUGAAAGGGCUACUCCAAGGUCAGUUUUAGAGCUAAUGGAUGUCAAAGAUCUAACUCUUGCUCAUGUCAAGAGCCAUUUACAGAUGUAUCGAACUGUCAAGAACACUGAGAAACCUGCAGCUUCCUCAGAUGGAUCAGGAGAUGAAGAUUUCUUGAGCACAACACCAGCUCCACAUCAAAACGACAACUGUUCAAAAAGAGGUGGUAUUCCAAUACUAUCUAAACUUUGAUCAUCAACCAAUUAAGCAGUAAGACUUGAAAUCAACAGCUAGCUAUAGCCGACGAUCGAGCUUGUCGCUGACUUAGCUAGGGUCCCUCAAUUUGUUGUUGGAAUGUGAGGGGGCAGUCUAUAAUAUUAUUUUAAUUUGCUGAAUACAGUGUUAUGCUGAUGUGGGUUGAUGCCACAAUGUAGCUAUCUAGGUUUUCUAGCUAGUGUAAGGGUGUUUUUGUGAUGAGUGUGAGGGUGAAUGGGUAAGAAACUUACAUGUUUUGUUUAGAGACUGUGUUGUGAUGACAACUUUUUAUUGCAAUAUUAAUUAUGAACUUUCUAUGUAAUGAUAUUAUUUGGUUUGAGCA